CGCGCAUUGUACCUCUGCUCCUAUGUUCGGCUCUGAUGCUUUUGGGGUACCUCUGCUUCGUUCCCGUCUGCAAAAUUAUGUAUUAUGCAAAAUGUCAAGGAGACAAAUAUAAGUAAUGUGCUGCUACUACGAAAAAGUUUUCUGUUUCAGUCAACUUUUAUAUCGCGGUUACUUUUGCAUUGUGUUUAACUUACAAGUGACAUGUCACUUAAAAAAAAAGAAGUUAUGUCAGUGUCAGACGGAGCUUGACAUUGACAAUUCAAUCCAAUUUUAAUUUUUAGCUAAUUUUGGUCAGCGACAUUGUUUUCCGCCGCCUCUCCUCAUUAUCCUUAAUUAAAACAAUCAAUGGUAACUUAAAACUAUAGCCGAAGUACUAACCAUGAAAGAAAAAUGGAAUUAUAUUUUAUACCUUUUAUGGUUUUCUUAUUUGAUUAUGUCCGCUGUGCUCAUGUUCGGGCAGGGUUUUCUUUUAUCCCGCAAAACUUUGAGCGAUGUGACUGAAUGCGUGCCUUUAAACCGAUUCGGGUGUGACGGACGAGAGGCGAACUCUAGUCAAGUUUCGUGUAGUGAAAAUGAGAAGAUUCGUCGUAUUUUGUCUAAUCCUGGUGCGCCGAUAAUGUGCGCGGGUGAACGGAACAGGGUUAUGUUUGUGUUGGUGGACGCGCUGCGGUACGAUUUUACGGAGUAUGACGAGGGUUUGGCGAGGCCGCUGCCAUACCAGAACCGGCUGCCGGUGAUCCGGCGCACGCUGGAGCGGUGGCCGGAUCGCGCGCGGCUGUUCCGCUUCAUGGCCGACCCGCCCACCACCACGCUGCAGCGCAUCAAGGCGCUGGUGACGGGCUCGCUGCCCACAUUCAUAGAUGUCAGCUCUAAUUUUGCUGCUGUAGAGAUGCAGGAAGAUAACACAAUAGAACAGUUAUAUAGAGCAGGAGGCAAAGCUGUGCUGCUGGGAGAUGACACCUGGUCCCGAAUCAUUCCAGGCAAAUGGAUGAGAUCCCACGCUAUGUAUUCAUUCCACACCUGGGACUUGGAUACAGUUGAUUUAGAAAUUGAUUCCAAGAUAUAUGAUGAAGCACUAAAAUCUGACUGGGACCUACUCUUAGCCCACUACUUAGGAGUAGAUCAUGCAGGUCACAGAUAUGGACCAAACCACCUGGAGAUGACUAGAAAACUCGAGGAAACCAAUGCUAGGCUGGAAAAAAUUAUAGAAAUGCUCCCACCAGAUGUGUUACUUUAUGUUAUUGGCGACCAUGGAAUGACUGAGACAGACUGGCAUACAUGGAAUGAUGGUGACCAUGGUGGAGAAAGCAAAGCCGAGCGUACAGCAGCGUUCUUCGCAUACCGUGGUGCAGGGCUCUCAGAUGUGGACACAACUCCUCCGGGUACUGAAGUGCAACAGACGGAUUUCACGCCUACAGUCAGCGCGGCGCUCGGCUUGCCGCCGCCGGCGCCUUCGCUGGGGAACCUUCAGCUGUCCGUGUUGCCUAAAACUAGUGUGCCGGUUAUGCUGUUGCAGAUGACUAAUGUCUUGAAACAGAUAUCGCAAUACUUAGUAAGAUAUGGCGAGGAGUCGACUCAAGUGCCUCUGGAUAAACUGGCCAUGCUGAUAAACUCCACUAGGGAGCAGAUGAGCAAGGCUUCUGCCGUAGAAACUGUUGAUGAACUUCAUGUUUUUAUCACUGAUGUGAAAGCACUGGUGUACACCACACGUAGCAUUUUCCGCGAAGUAUGGGUUGAAUUCGACUCCCUGGCAAUGCUACGAGCCUUACUACUGUUCAUCCUGGCUAUAUUCUUCAACUGGCUCGUCACCGAAGGGCUGCCAAUAGACCGCGUCCCACUCAUAUUCGCGAGCUCAUUCGUUUCAACUGGAUAUAUAUCCAUGGCUGUCUGCAUAGCGAUGUGCUACACAGCUUAUUAUUUCCAACUCAUGGAAAACGUCCUACACUUAAUCAUUUUAACUACCGGUGUAAUGUCAGGAGUGUGGACUGGCGCUUUGGUCGUAAUGCAUUGGGACGGCAUAUCCACAAGAUGGUAUGAGGGACGAUCGGCGUUUUACGAGCGAUUCGCUAGAGGCGCCCUAAUCGCUUCGGCGGCAGUUUUAGUAUCAAACAGUUACAUAAUAGAAGAGGGAGCCGGUUUAGCUUUUCUAUCUCUAUCAGUGCUUGGCCUGAUGGCGUGGAAUGUGGGGACGUUGAAAGCGGCUGGGCUGUGGGCGUGUUUUGGAGUGGUGAUGGCAUUUUCGCGGCCUUAUAGGGGAUGUCGGGAGGAGCAGGGGGAUUGUUGGACGUCGGGCGCCGCGGCAAAUCGGGAGCAAGCUUCAAGAGCGGCUCUGGUGCUGGCACUAGGGUCGGUGGCCGGUUUUGUGGCAGUGGGACGGCGAGCGACUGGCUGGCGAGGUUUUGCGGCGGCCGCGGCGGGACUGCUGGCGUGCGCGCACUGGGCCGUCGGAUGGGGUGCUUUAGGAUCAGCGGGCCGUUCGCGCCUACUAGCACGCGCGGCAUGGUUAGCCCUGGCUGUCGGCCUAGCACUACUCAUACGAAGAGACGGCCGCGGCGCAGUUCUACCUUUACUCGUGUGCUCACUACUACUUUAUGUGGCUAACACACUUGUGUUGGGUGCUGCAUAUGCGCCGGCUGCAGCAAUUGCGUUAUUGUCCGGUUACCUGGCUUUGAAUAUUGUGGCGCUAUUGAAAACAGAUGGGUCUGCUAAGUCAUCCAUGGCGACGCGCUGCAACUCAAGCGUGGCGUGCCUUUGGGUGUUGCUCGGCUCCUACCACUUCUACGGCACCGGCCACCACGCGACCAUCGGCCACAUCCGCUGGGCACCCGCGUUUCAUGCCGGUGACCCGCACUAUACUGUCUUCGGUCCGGCCAUCGCCAGUUUCUUCAUGAUGCUAGAGUUGUUUGGAAUGCCAUUGCUGUUUGGCGCUGCGGCGCCCUUGCUGGCUCUCUGGCGCGGUGCCGGCGCGGCGGGCGCGCGCGCACAGCUCACGGCAGUCUUCUUAGUGUGCCUCAAAUUCGCGCUCUGCUUCGCUAUUAGGUCGUUCGUGUGCGCCCUGUCUGCCACCAUCCACUGCCGGCACCUGAUGAUCUGGGGCGUGUUCACGCCCAAGCUCCUGUUCGAGGCGGCCGCGUGCGGCGCCGCGUUGCUGGGCGUCACUCUCGGCGCUGCCAUUGCGGCUUGGCACACCCCCGUCCAGCAGAGGAGCAGUUGACGAAAACAUUAAACCUAGCCUAUCACUCAAAUAUUAGAUUAUUGAACUGAUUGACUAAAAUUGUCUACGGUUAGCUCGAUAGUUACCCAUGAAAUAAUAGAAAACGGAUAAUGAAUUUAUAAUGCACCCGACGUUUCGAAACCAGCGUUCACGGUCAAAGGGUGACUGAGGAAAAAUUUGUGUAAAAAAAAAAAAAGCAUUCGAAACGACGGGAUGUAAAAUUAAUCCAUUAUACGAUAUUAUUACAUAAUCCGUUUCCAUAGCUUUAUUUUUCGAUCAACUGUUGCAUGUAUCGCGGCCUGGCAGCUGAGGAGUGUCUUUUCAAGAGAACUUAUUUCUUUAUGUCAAGGGCUUAAUUUUCCUGGUGACAUAUAGAAAUAUGCUUUUUUGAAAAAUCACUUCUCAGUUGACAUAAACGCUAAAGCUAGCCACGAUGACUCAAUUAGGUUACUGGACAUUGGAUUGGCUGUUGCAAGUUGUGAUCGAUUUGUUAGUGAGGAGCUAAAUGAGAUGCGAAAAUAUUAAAUUAGAUGGCUUUCUUGUAUCGCCUUUGGCAUGGAAUGGGCUUUUACGAAUGCCAUCUAGUGAUUCUAUUUUAACACUUUCGAAACCGGGCUCUACGCGGCGCUACGACAUUUUCGCUACAUACGGGGAAACCCAUGUA